AACGGGAUAAAUAUAACUAUUCAAAUGAUAUUGGUAACGGUUUCCUGCUGCACGAAAUAAAUAUUCCAAGGUCGAAUGGAAUUACGUGAGGGAGCUAUUUGCGCCAACGAACAUUAGCCAGCAGUCUUUUCCAUUACCCACAAUGCAAUAUUGUUAUCUUAAAAAGAAAGAUGGCGGACGGAGUGUGUGUGUGUGUAUUUAACGAAGUUUUUGUUUUGAAUUGGCUUUUUCUUUUACAUGAAUGAMUUAGGAAGUGACAAGGUAGAAUUCCAAGAUAUUUCACACUUAUGUUAUGGAUAAAAGACGAAAAAAUCGCAUCCAAGGCACUUGGGCUUCACAAACAAGAAGAAAGGAGACCCAAACAGCUCGUCAGACAACAACAUCUCAAGUUCCUGGUAAUGAAGCUUUUCAACCAAGUGCUCAUAGAUUUGUUUUCCAACAGGACGUUGUUAACACAGUUAAACGGGCUCCUCCAGAACAAGUUAUAAGUGAGAAAGGUGUCUAUGAAUUGAGUAGUGGAUCUUUUGUGGAGUUUGUUCCAAAUUUUUUAAGUCGCGAUGAAAARGAYUGGAUGUUUCAACAACUUGAGAGCGAGAUUCCAUGGGAUUCAAAGAAAAUUAAGAUUAAAGGUGAAUAUCAUGUCCAACCAAGACUAACAGCAUGGUUUGGAGAUUUCCCAUAUACUUACUCAGGGUUGUUCACACAGACAGGGUUGACAUUCAACUCAAUGUUAGCCAACUUAUACAGAGAUGACAAGGACAGUGUGGACUGGCAUUCWGAUGAUGAGCCAUCACUUGGAAAUCAACCAGUGAUAGCGUCCUUAUCUCUCGGUGAUACAAGAAAUUUUGAGUUACGAAAAAAGCCAACACAGGGAAAUGAUUUCUCUUUAAUGCCCCAUGUCAAGAUUCCAUUAGCAAGUGGAAGUCUGUUAAUAAUGAAAGGGUCAACACAAGAUGACUGGCAGCAUCGUGUCCCUAAAGAAUACCAUCAUAGAGACCCCAGGAUUAAUCUGACUUUUAGAAAUAUAUCACCAUCAUAAUGAAACUGUUUAAUUGCAAACUUUGUAUCAGACUGGAUAAAUAUAAAUCGUGGGCUUCCUGCGAUAAUAUUUAAUGAAAAGAGACUGGUGCCAAUUAUAUUGUGUAUAUAUAAGUUUGUAUUGCACCACAGGCAACCCAAGAGAUUUAUCUCGGGUUCAAACCUUUUGUUCCUAUUACAGUACCGGUAAAUAAAAUUUGUAUUAUAAAUAUAAUAUAUAUAUUGCUAUAUCUGCAUUGUGUUAUUAUUUUGUAAUAAAGACCCACAAGUGGGGCAUCUUGGA